AUGAAAAACUCCCCGGAAGCCCGUUCCAAUCUAAUCGACGGUUCCCCUCACUCACGACAUUCCAGUCGCACUCGUCCAACGACAUGCAGAUUGACGCAGUCGUUCGAGGCCCGUUAUCCACUCAAGAAAGGAAGCGCCAACGUCAGCUCGGCUUAUGUUUAUAUUGUGGCCAGCCAGGUCACCGAGCUCAUGACUGCCCUAGCAGAAGUCCUAAUAGAAGAACGACUCCAGGUUCCAGAUCCGUCGUUCGCCAAACCAACACCUUUGCCUCUUGAAAACAUCAUUCCCACUGCAACUACAAGUACUGAAUCUGGGCUUUGGGCAGCUUCUAAUGAAGAAACUACAAAUUUAGUUGAUAUGAGCCAACUUUCAGAAAGUGAUUUAAGCUUAAUCGAAGGUUGCCUACAAAUGGAGCAAGAAUAUGAAGAUAUAAAAAAAGCGUAUGGCUUGGCCAAAUCUGAAAAGACUGAUCAAAGGAUAUUAGUAGAACGGCUGAAUAAGAAACAUGCGAAGCUGUUACGUAAACCUCGGAAAAACAAGAAUAAUCCAGUAUAUAAAAAAGAGCUUAAAAAUUCUAGACUGAAGCUUCAACAAGAGAGAAAAAAACUCAAAGAGCUUGAAAAAAAGUGUCAAAAACUCUAUCACGAUUUUUUCAUCCUUGAUUUGAAACUGGAUUCCAACAAAGAAAAUCUUGCAGAGCGUUUGUUUGAAGAUCUGGAUUUAGAACUAAUCCUUUCUCACAUGCAAUUUCUGGAAUUAAAUCGUGAUUUUGUUCAAGGCAUAUACGAAUCUCUUAAUCUCAUAAUGAACCAACAGUCAGGAUCUGAGCAAACCUCCACUAGUGGGAGCCAGAGUUCAUCACAAUAUCAUGAAAGUCCAUCAUCUGAGCCGCUAACUGAGGAACCUUUAUUCGAGGAACCGUCAUCCGAGGAAACAGAUAUACCUAUAGCCCAGCCCGUUCGAGCAACUUCCAGUUUAGAGUGGUUAUUCCAAUAUGUGGAAAACCUUUUAAAUUUAGAAGUAGGGCAGCCCAGACGUGACGAUCCAUCCAAUUGA